AUGCCUGCAGCUUCCUCCCAAGAGAACCUCACUGUCUUUCCACCCUUCGAACACCACAGGCGUGACUCCCCGCUCGAGCUCGGCCUGGGCCGUGAAUCGCCAUCUUCGGACAUGACUUCGCCUUUCAUCAAGAGCGAACCUUCCGACUACAACAACUUCGACCCCAACCAAUACAUGCAAUUCGACGGUCAUCACUCUAACAACAACAUGUCCAACCCAAGCGGCAACAUGAACGUGAACCCUGCAAACCUAACCAACGGCAACAACGCCUUCAUGUCUUCGAGCUUCAUUGCCGAUGAUGAGCUCCUCGACCUCCACAUCGACCAGGCCCCAGCACCCAAUGGCCACCAUUUCGACUUCGGCUCGGGCAUGAGCAAUUUCAUGAACCAGCAGCAGAUGUCGCAGCAAAGCCCAGGCGUGUUUUCAAACGCCGGUGAACAUGGCUCCAUGGCAUCGCCUUUUUCGGGCGACUUCAACAACUAUAACCAGUUCCGCUCGGGAUCCGGCCAGCAGUUCGGCGCACACAGCCUACCGCAGCAGCAGCAGACGGGAUUUCGGCCUCACAUGCAACACAUCGACCGCAAGGUGUCUGACUCACGGUCACCUGCCACACCGAACACGCCUAGCAUGAACCAUUUGAAUAUUGACGAUUACACCCACCCAGGUAUGCAGGCCAUCCAACACAGAGCGCAUAACUCACUCGGCAACGGUUGGGAGAGUACACCAAGUGGACACAGCUGGGAUCAGUCCUCUCCAUAUCCAUCUCCCCAAAACGGCCAACCCGUGCACGCUCAAAUCUCGGAGGUUCUGAAGAACAACACACACCAUCACAAGGUCGCAUCCUCACUGCCGACAAAGAUGGAGCCUGGCACUGGCCCCAACUUCGGCAACCCCGCACAGGACGCCAAGAAGAAACGGCGUCGUGAAUCGCACAACAUGGUCGAGCGCCGACGGCGCGACAACAUCAAUGAGCGUAUUCACGAUCUUGGAACGCUCGUUCCUCAGCACCGACUCGAGGACGAAAAGGUGCGAAAGCAUCUCCAGACCAAUGCGCCACUGUCGCCCUCGAUUGCCAAUGCGGCGAGCAUGUCCCCUCCAAACGCCGCGGCUUCGUUGCUCGGCGCAUCAAGUAGACGAACUGGCUCCGGGAACAUCACGCAGGGAAUUCCAAUGGAGGACAAAGACAAAGGCCCAAACAAGGGUGACAUUCUCAAUGGGUCGGUUGCGUGGACUCGGGAUAUGAUGUGGUUCAUGCAUAUGAAGCUCCACCAGGAGCAAGAGGUCAAAGAACUUGUGUCACGCCUGGGCGGCACUUGGCCUUUCGAAGUCACCGAUGAGGAGAAGCGCAUGCGAUCAGAAAUCUUGGAAGUCCUCAACAAGCACACAACCGAAGCCGGCUUCUCCGGUUUCACGGGCUACUCCCGUGCUCCGGGUUCUGGUCUUCGCGUCCCUGGCUUCACCAACGUCGCCGGCGACAGUACCAACGACGGCCAGUCACUGAACGGUGUCUCACUCCCUCCGAUCAGCCCUGGAUUUCAACCAGGCGGCAGCGGCAUGAGCAGCGGCAUGUCUCACCACGCACCCAAUCAGUUCUGGGCCACCGACCUCAAGGAGGAGGAGGAUUACGAGCUGAUGCAGUAG